AGUUGUGAAAGUUAAGGGAUUUCUUACCCAACUAUUCAUUCACAUAUUUUCACUUGUACACAUUAACAAUGGGAGACCACACAACAAACAAAAUUCAUCCUGUGUCCGAAGUGAACAUCAAGAGUGUCGCGCCACCACCUCACGCGUCAUCAAGUCUUCGCCACCACUUAAGACCGCCUUCGCCGCCACCACAAAUGAAAGCCAAACGAGGUUUCUCGUGUUGCAAAUGCUUAUGUUGGUCACUAAGUAUCCUCAUAACGUUGAUCAUUAUUAUUGGAGCCACUAUUGGCAUCCUUUACCUUGUAUUCAAACCAAAAAUACCUCAAUACUCCGUUGAUCGCCUAACGAUAUCACAACUAACCCUCAACCUCGACUUCUCUCUCUACGCAAGAUUUAACGUCCAGAUAACCGCCAUCAACCCAAACAAGAAAAUCGGCAUCUACUACCAAAAAGGGAGUCGUUUAAGCGUAUGGUACAAAAACACCAACCUAUGUCAAGGCUCGCUCCCCGUCUUCUACCAAGGCCACCAGAACAAAACCGUGCUAAAUGUUGCUUUAGCGGGCCAAAACCAAUACGGCCGGACAUUACUGGCGGCGAUACAAGAACAACAACAAACGGGCCGGAUUCCGUUGGACCUAAAAGUGGAUGUUCCGGUGAAGAUUGAACUUGGAAAAUUGAAAUUAAUGAAAGUAAGGAUAUUGGGGAAUUGCAUGUUGAUAGUUGAUAGUCUAUCUACAAACAACAAGAUUAGCAUCAAGGCAACUAGUUGCAAGUUUAGGCUGAAAUUAUGAGAUGAUUGAUAUGCAUGUAUGCUUGUUUUAUUGUGUUAUUUUGCAUAUUUUGAUUGUUUUCUUGUUUGGUUUUUACAUUUUUGUAAUUCAUUUAUUGGAUAAAAUAGAUAAAUGUUGUG